CGCGAGCGAAUAGCUCCACAAAGCAUUCCUUGCACGGGCGAGGGCUUUUGCCUAGAGAAAGACACUCGAGCACAACUCCGGGAAACUUGGCUUGUGGUGUGACAGGUCGAUAGCCUGAACUUUUCUUGUGCUUGUGCAAUUCAUUUUAGAGCUUCUGGUGUAAUUACUGAUGAUCGUUGUUCUCUGGAGCUCUGACCACUAUCAAAAACAGAUCGACACUGAACAGCAUUCUCUUAUAAAAGGCCUGAGUUGACCCCGGAUUCCGCUGAUACUCGUUCCUCGUCAUCCAAAACAUCUCGAAUCGGCCGGACCGUUUCAAGAAAGAAGAACGUCUUGACCACUUGUAUCUGUGUUUUUGCGGGCUUUCGCACUGGUUGUUCACCCAGCAUUUAUCACUCUCAUCCAUAAGUCGUGAACGGACGAAGACCGAACGUCGCGCCACUCGAGUUUUUAGGCUAUUGUUCUCAUUCCUUAUCAGCCAUUGUCGAUUUACCCUGUUUCAGUCCGAAAUAGGUCUCAAAGAUCCUUUCACUCUCCAGUUGCUGUCAAGGGACACCUUCUCCGCCUGUACUAUCCCUAAGUGCUUGCACAAUCAACAGCUCAUCCCGAAAAUCAUUCCAAAAAGAACAUAGCAAUACAGUUUCCAGAACGGCAGGAUGGUUUCCACCGUCAUCACCUUCACCAAGCCCGAUGUGCAGCCACCCGUCUACAUUGCCGGCGGCUUUACUGACUGGGCACCUGUGGAAAUGCAGUGUGAAUCAUCCCAGAGUGGUCAGAACAAGUUCACUCACACGACCGAGCUGCAGCCAGGGGAGCAUCAGUACAAAUUCCGCCUCGGUCCUGGUGAUUGGUGGGUCCUGGAUGAGUCGGCUCCAACAGCGGACGACGGAUCCGGCAACAUCAAUAAUGCUCUCAGUGUGACAGCCGAAGAGACCGAAGUAUCCUCACAACAGCCGACCGAAGAUGUCUCUCGAGCCUCAGUCCCUGCUGCUCCACUCGAUACGCUUGCUGCUGUGGAGGAAGAGCUGGAAGUCAGACCGGACACUAUAACCGCAGAUGACCACAAAGAAGCAUCCAUUCCGGACGUAGCGCCGCCCCCUUAUUCGGCGGAAGAGCAUGCUACGCCCCAGGCUUCAGAGCCUGCCAAACAAAAUCUGGAGCCGAAGGUCACGAACAUCGAGAGGAAGUCUGUGGAGAGCAAGGCCCAGCCCGCAGCAACGAACGGCGGGCUGGCAAAGAACAGGAUAUUGUUGGUAGCUGCCAUCGUUGCCAUUCCGGUGGCUAUUUCUUUAUUUUUACGCCGAUAGAACGGCCGCAUCGGUUCUUUCAUUGGGAAGUCAAACAAUUGAUGGUUUUGAUGUCACUUUUCCUAUCUUUACACAGAAAAACAAAAUGUCGUUUAGGCUGUCCGCAAGCAGGUAUGCCAGCGGGUGCGGUAAUAUUCGUAUUCUCAAUUCAAAAAAGUAUCUACAGGUCGUUUUCAGGCGAAAAUGAUUUCUUCCUCUUUCCACGGUCAUCCUUGAAUAUCUACCUACCCUUGUAUGGCUUCCUGGCGACACACCACCUGUGGUAAGAACUAAAGCUUACAAAAGGUCUCCACAGCCGACUUGGUCUCGUCCUUUGUCUCCUUGACCAGGCCAGAAAUGGCCUUGAAAUUGCCGUCCUUCGCAUCACCCACCAAUUCAAAAAGCAAGCUCUCGCUGGUCGUGACGGUGCAUCCUUCGCGUGCCAGCCGAGCGAGGGCGACGGGUCGCUCGCCUGCAUUGCAGCUGCUCACACCGUCAGCCAGGAUGUAGACUUUGUGCCCGAGUGCGAGGAGGUCCAAGGCCGUCUGGGUCACGCAGAUGUGCGUUUCGAUGCCCACUAUGAUGACGGAGAGGUGCGAGGCCGGGUUCGUGGCGAGUUGGGAGGUCAGUUCGGGCACGAGCAUGGAGAAGGCGGUUUUGUCGACUUCGGUCGUGGCGGAGGAGUCGGUGGGUAGGACCGAGGUGAUUUCGCUAACGGUUGCGCCGAGCCGGGAGGCGUUUUGCGUGGUUAUGUAGAUUGGCAUGUUGAAGAUUUUGGCUGAGUGAGUGGAUGAGGUUCGUUAGCAAAUGGUUACGUCAGUAUUUUGGGUAGUGCGUGGGGACGCUGAGGGUUUGAUCUCAAGAAUGGUGAACAGGAGAGAGAGAGAGACAUGGAAGGGGUUGAAAGGGUGGAGUAUAUACCUGCUUUUACCAUCUUUGCGCUGGUAGAUAUGCUUAGGGUUCAAGAGCAUGUUAGUAUAUGGCUUUUCUGAAAGAGAGGUGGAUAUGGAUACUAGUAUGGAUAUCCAUCGAAAGGGUGAGAAUGGACGGAUUGGAACGGGCAACGAGGCUGGAAGUUGAGUAUGGAUGGACGGA